CCUCGUAGAAGUGGGGGGAGGCCAGAGGAAGUGGCUGGGCCUGAACUGGCACUGUGCCUGACACAAGGGCUUGUGCAUCCCCCUAGUCUUCAGCUUUGCCUUCUGAGCCAGUCCUCAGGGGCAGGGGCCCUUCUCUUCUGCCACCUCUUCUGUUCUCUGACCCCUGGUUACCUGUGGCCCUGUGGAACGAAGAAGAACCAGUGCCUGAGCCCAGGAGUGGAACCCAAGCACUGGUGAUAGAGUUCAUCUUAGUUCCUGAGAAUUGGAUUUAUUUCCCUGUAUCCACAUAAAAGUUCAGGAGCCCUGGAAAGGAGAAGGAAUAAGACGACAGGAGGAAGAGAGAGAGAGGGUAGAAUGGAAGAAUCUCACUUCAAUUCUAACCCGUACUUCUGGCCUUCUAUCCCCACAGUCUCAGGACAGAUUGAGAACACGAUGUUCAUCAACAAGAUGAAGGAUCAGCUGCUGCCGGAGAAGGGCUGUGGGCUGGCUCCACCCCACUACCCCACCUUGCUGACAGUGCCUGCCUCCGUGUCCCUGCCCUCAGGCAUCAGUAUGGACACAGAGUCCAAGUCAGACCAGCUGACCCCACAUAGCCAGGCGUCCGUUACCCAGAACAUCACCGUGGUCCCUGUGCCGUCUACAGGACUGAUGACUGCUGGAGUCUCCUGUUCUCAGAGGUGGAGAAGAGAAGGGAGUCAAUCAAGGGGUCCUGGUUUGGUAAUCACGUCCCCCUCAGGCUCCCUUGUGACCACAGCCUCAUCAGCUCAGACCUUCCCCAUUUCGGCUCCCAUGAUUGUCUCAGCUCUUCCCCCUGGCUCACAAGCCCUGCAGGUGGUCCCUGACCUCUCCAAGAAGGUAGCAUCAACCCUAACAGAGGAAGGAGGCGGAGGUGGUGGUGGAGGUGGCAAUGUGGCUCCUAAGCCCCCUCGGGGCCGGAAGAAGAAGCGGAUGCUGGAAUCAGGGCUGCCUGAGAUGAAUGACCCUUAUGUCCUCUCCCCUGAGGAUGACGAUGACCAUCAGAAAGACGGCAAGACCUAUAGGAGCGAAGGGAACUGCGGCACAGGAAAUGGACAGAGCCUUGGGCUCAUGGAUUCAGUUCCCGGCUCCACCACGAACUUGCUGUGUGACCCUGGGUGCCGGAUGUGCUCACUGACAUUCUACUCAAAGUCGGAGAUGCAGAUCCACUCCAAGUCACACACCGAGACCAAGCCCCACAAGUGCCCGCACUGCUCCAAGACCUUCGCCAACAGCUCCUACCUGGCCCAGCACAUCCGCAUCCACUCAGGGGCCAAGCCCUACAGUUGUAACUUCUGUGAGAAAUCCUUCCGCCAGCUCUCCCACCUCCAGCAGCACACCCGGAUCCACUCCAAGAUGCACACGGAGACCAUCAAGCCCCACAAGUGCCCGCACUGCUCCAAGACCUUCGCCAACACCUCCUACCUGGCCCAGCACCUCCGAAUCCACUCGGGGGCCAAGCCCUACAACUGUUCCUACUGCCAGAAGGCCUUCCGCCAGCUCUCCCACCUCCAGCAGCACACACGAAUCCACACCGGUGACAGACCAUACAAAUGUGCACACCCAGGCUGUGAGAAAGCCUUCACGCAGCUCUCCAAUCUGCAGUCCCACAGGCGGCAGCACAACAAAGAUAAACCCUUCAAGUGCCACAACUGUCACCGGGCGUACACGGACGCAGCCUCACUAGAGGUGCACCUAUCUACGCAUACGGUGAAGCAUGCCAAGGUGUAUACCUGCACUAUCUGUAGUCGGGCAUACACGUCGGAAACGUACCUUAUGAAACAUAUGCGCAAACACAACCCUCCUGAUCUCCAGCAACAAGUGCAGGCGGCAGCGGCGGCAGCGGCGGUGGCCCAGGCCCAGGCCCAGGCCCAGGCCCAGGCCCAGGCUCAGGCCCAGGCCCAGGCCCAGGCCCAGGCUCAAGCCCAAGCCCAGGCUCAAGCCCAAGCCUCCCAGGCAUCGCAGCAGCAGCAGCAACAGCAGCCACAGCCACCACACUUCCAGUCCCCUGGGGCAGCCCCCCAGGGUGGGGGUGGUGGGGACAGCAACCCCAACCCUCCACCCCAGUGUUCCUUUGACCUGACCCCCUAUAAGACGGCGGAGCAUCAUAAGGACAUCUGCCUCACUGUCACCACCAGCACCAUCCAGGUGGAGCACCUGGCCAGCUCGUAGAGACCUGUGCUGCCACCCACUGGGAAGAGGGGAAAGAAGUUCUGGUCCCUUCUUUCUCCAACUUCUCUUGGUGGGAAAAGUCUUCUUCCUUGACAGGCCUUGCCUCCAUCUCCUUGGGCCUCAGGCACGGCCUUCCUACACAGGAUACCAUGCUUAUUCUCAACUCCUCUUCAAAAGGAAUAUCAGCCCUCCUGAUUGGCAAAGGAAUAAGGAGCUGGUAGUGUAAUCCAGCAGCCUCCCCUUCCAAGCAUAGCUUUUCAAAAUUGGGGGUUGGUGCUCAAGGGAGGGAUUUGCUAUGACCUCAUAGAAACGUUUCCAGUGUGGGCACUUACCCUCUCGUUACCCUCAUAAUCCUCAAAAGUUGGGGCUGGUGGAAGACUAGAGGCUGGUCCUCCCAGAUCUCUGAGAGAAGGGAGCCCUAAAUGCAACCAGCCUCCUGUUCUGUUCUUGCCUGCAAAAGAACGGAGGUUUCUCACACGCCCCGAUGAGCGGGAGCCGUCUUCCCCUCGUGGUCUCACUUCACUUCCUACCUAAUGCUGGAAGAGGGAGAUCUCAGUGGGGGUCAGACCCCCUUUAUUUGUAAAGGGGCAAGGGCUGAGAUGUGGUCCCCAAGGGGCCAGAGAUCCCCAAAAUGGUCAAGGGUGGCUUAGAAGCGUGGGUUAUGGUUUUCCUUGGGACCUCCCCUUCUCUGCCAGCCAAGGCCCUAUACUCGGUCUCCCAGUCCCAAAGCCAGAGGAGCUGUGGGAGCUUUGUGUUCUUUAUGAAAGCCCAAAACAAAGGGUGUUGCAGAGAAGGGAGAGUUCAGGGCAAACACAAGGACUGGACUUAGCUCCCUAGGUGCCACGGUCAAUUGCCGGACACGGAUUUAUAUAUAAAUAUAUAUAUAAAUAUAUAUAUAUACCCACUCAUCACGGCCAUCUUUGUUGUAACCAUUUCUGUGUUUAUAAAUGCAUUAUCUCUCAGAA